AUGGCCGGAGAUGGAAGUGAUGCGAGAAUGCGAGUGGUCGUGGUGCCACUCCCCGCACAGGGGCACCUCAAUCAGCUCCUUCAUUUCUCCAGAGCUAUCGCCCAACGGGGAGCAAGUAUAUCGUUCGUGGCCACCUCCACCCAUAUUCACCAAGUCCGCCAGCGUGUUCAGGGAUGGGAUCUUCACAAGUUCGAUAUUCAUUUCGAGGAAUUGCCCAUGCCUCAUGUCACGGGUGAAGAGCUCGAUGUUCAGAGUACUAAUACGUUUCCGCUUCACUUGAUUCCUCUGUUUGAGGCUGUGGAGGAUCAGCUAGGGUUUCAUGUCGAUCAGCUACUGCACACUAUCUGCUCCGAAAACAGUAAGAGAGUACUUAUUGUCUACGACGCAUCUAUGGGAUGGAUUCAAACGCUGGCUACCAAAUAUUCAAUCCUUGCCUAUAUCUUCAGAUCCACUAGCGCUUAUUAUAACCUGAGGAGGAAGCAGGUACGUGAUGAGACAUGGGAUUUGCCUGAAAGAUUGAUAAAAUAUUCAAGGCGCCAAAGGUCUCUGUUAGGGCCUGCCAAGGGAAGGGAUAUAUCAUAA